AUGGAAAGAGAGGAGGAAAAGUUAAAUCUACAGGACAUGCGUCUUAACUAAAAUCGAGAGCUAGAUCUUGGGAAAAAUCUUUAUUGGACUGAUGAAGUAAAGAUCAAAAUUCAAGGGGUAAGACUAAUGACUUAGUUUAAUACAUAAAAGGAAGACAAAUAUGUAAAUGAGUUUAAAAUCUUGAAAAGUAUUGGAAAAGGUGCCUAUAGUAAAGUCAAAUUGGUAAUAAGAUAAUAUGAGGAGAACGGAAACUAGUAUGAAGAAUCUUAUGCUAUGAAGGUUUAUAAUGAAAUUGAAGUCUGGGCAAAGAUAAACUAUGAAAAUGUUGUCAAAAUUUAUGAAUUAAUUGAUGCUGAUGACCAUGAUUACCUUUAUAUCAUUCUAGAGUUAGCAGAUUUAGGCUAGCUGGCAAGCUGGGACUUCAAACAAGAGCUAUAUAUUCGCAAUCAAGCAAUAUAUGAGUCAGUUUUAAAUCACCUCAAAGAAACUUAGGUAUUUGAUGCAUCUAAAAGAGAAGUUGAGCAAAUAGCUAAAUUCAUCUUUCGUUAAUUGGCUUAAUCAAUCUAUCAUCUACACGAAGAGUGUAGUAUUAUUCACAGAGAUAUCAAACUUGACAAUAUCUUAUUAUCAAGCAAGGACUUGAAAUUGAAACUGACUGAUUUUACAGUUGCAAGAUCUGACAUCGCGGAUGAAACUAGACUAUUUGACUCAGAAGGCACUCCUUCAUUUACUGCACCUGAGUGUCACAUAGUUUCAUAAGAGGGUUAUCGUCCAAAGCCUACUGAUGUUUGGUCGUUUGGUGUUAGUCUGUAUGCUUAUGUAUAAGGCAUUGUGCCAUUCUAUGCUAGCGGGGGAGAACUUGAAAUGCAAAUAAAUUCUCGCACGAAAGAAGUUGAAAUUCCUGAGACUUUUAGCCCAGAACUAUCUGACCUUAUUCUUAAAGUACUUGAGAAAAACCCAAUGCAAAGACUUACUAUCUUUGAAGUUCUUAAUCAUGAAUUCUUUAAGCUUUGA